UGUGCGCGGAAACGCAACGCUCAACUCGUUCUGUCUUGUUGUCAGCGCAAACAUGGCGAGAGCAGUAGCUGUUCAGGAGUUAGAGAAGUGAUAUAAAGCGAUAUAUUAACGUUUUACUAAUUUGCAGAAGAUUGAAAAUAUACACCAAGAGACCGGAACGUGUAAUAAAGUGUUUCAGUCUUGUUUUACAGAGUUGAAUCUCGUUUUAAAGGAAUUUUAGGAUUUUUGCGGUAUUUUAAGUGCAGAAUAGGACUGGAGCCAUGACUGCAAGCACAGGUGGCGGCGGCGGGAGCUGUUUAUCCAUGAGUCUGUCUGCCCUAAAGAGACUCGACCCCUACAUCAGCAGCAUCACAGACCUGGCUAGCCAAGUAGCACUUUACACCUUCAACAACACCACUAAUGAAUGGGAAAAGACAGAUGUGGAGGGAACCCUGUUUGUCUAUAACAGGCUUGCCUCCCCCAGGCACGGCUUCACCAUCCUGAAUCGCCUGAGCAUGGACAACCUGACCGAACCCAUCACUAAAGACUUAGAUUUCCAGCUGCAGCAUCCAUUUCUGCUGUACAGGAACGCUCGCUUGUCCAUCUACGGCAUCUGGUUCUAUGAUAAAGAAGACUGUCAGCGUAUAGCUGAGCUCAUGAAGAAUUUGGCAGGGCUGGAACAGCAGUUACAGCCACAAAUGGCAAUUGGCUCUGUCUCUCCACGAUCUGCAGAGCAGGGUGUGGAUAUAAUGCAGAUGCUCACUAAAGCACGAGAUGACUAUGACAAGGGAAAACUCAGCGAGCCGAAAGAAAUUGGCAGUGGUGGUGUCAUUUAUGGAAACCCCCAUUUGAUCAAACCUAUUCCCCUCAAACCAGCACAGGACGCACACAUUCAGGGACAAACACAGCAGGAUCCAGAGAUGGAUUCAAAGCACCUCUCGGUUGUCACUUUGUUCGGUGCUCAAUUAAAACCGGACUCUGUCUCGCCACAGCCCACUUCAGCUGUCAACAGAAUGGGUCCAACGCGGUCAGCAGUGGCCCGCUCACUAUCUUACGACGACCCUUCUCCCGCAGGUGGCGCUGUGGUGUCCAACACCCCCAUGCAGCACUGUCCAGCCAUCCACAAGCUCAUGUCUGGUUCGCUGCUGCAGCCUCUUUCUGAAUCCCCAGAGAGCCGUUUGUGUGAAAACGGGGCAGUCCAAAACCAGCCUGACCCAAUACAAAAACUGCUAAUGAACCCUCUUCCUGUGGCAGGGACUCCGGGGAUGCCUUCCUUACAGUUAAAUCAGGGAGAAAGUGGGGUGGGGGCCCAAAUCCACCCUAAGGCUACAGCCUCAGGGCUGGGCCCAGCUCAGCACCUGCUCUAUGUCCCAAACAAAGCAUCUCCUGCUGGAAUGGCGGGGAACGUGGUGUCGCCACAUGAGCUUCUGCAGAGGCUCACAUUGGUGCAGCAGGAACAAGAGCUCCUACAGCCCAGUUUGACCACCAGCAGCCCCAGUCUCAGCAAAAACAAUUCGACACAGGUACAGGUGAGCUCACCGCAGCGUAUCCCAGCGACUGUAGCCCCCACCCUCCUUUUGUCACCCAGCGUGUUCACCCAAACUAAAGCAACAAGAGCAGAACCAGAACCAGCUGAACCCAGAGCACUUAGCAAGACUCAGCUACAGGCCACGCUGCUCCACCUCAUCAAGAAUGAUGCCUCAUUCCUGGACACCAUCUAUGAAGCAUAUGUCUCCCGCCUAGCUACAGACUCCAGCUCAAAACCUUUCUGAAGCAGGAACACCAUCUGGACACGUGUACACGUACAUGCAGCUUUCAUGCUCUGAACCCAUAUUGGCAUCCCAUCUCAGGACUACCCUAUUCUGAAUGUAGCAUCCAAUAAUUCAGGCAGAUUCACAACAGGAAAACCAGUUUGAUUGCAAAUUGUGUGAUCUUCAUAUUCUAAAUUGAAUGAUCUGAAUGUCCUAUCAGCUUUGAAUUUGACUGUUGUACACAAGGGGCAAUCUUAAGUAUUUUAGUAUUUUCUUAAAGAAGAAUUUUAUGGAUUUUACAUUUAUCUUUUAGACAACAGGGCAAGACAUGUGCUGUAUGUUAAAGGAGUAGUUCACUUCCAGAACAAAAAUGAACAGAUAAUGUACUCACCCAGUUGUCGUCCAAGAUGUUCAUGUCUUUUUUCUUCAGUCGUAAAGAAAUUGUGUUUUUUGAGGAAAACAUUUUAGGAAUUAUCUCCAUAUAGUGGACUUCUAUGGUGCUUGUGAGUUUGAACUUCCAAAAUGCAGUUUAAAUGCAGCUUCAAAGGGCACUAAACAAUCCCAGACGAGGAAUAAAGAUCUUAUCUAGCGAAACAAUUGGUCAUUUUCUAAAAAAAAUAAAAAUGUAUACACUUUUAAACCUCAAAUGCUGGUCUAUCUCUGCGUGUACUCUGUGCAUUCCGGUUCAAUACAGUUAGGAUAUGUUGAAAAACCUCCAUCCCAUUUUCUUUUCCAACUUUAAAAUUGUCCUACAUUGCUGCAGAGGUACUGACCCAGUGUUUACAAAGUGAAUGUGCAAAGGUCAAAUGCCCUUUACAAAAGGUAAAACAGCAAUGUAGGACGAUUUGGAAGUUGGAGGAGAAAAUGAGAUGGGAGUUGUUUUUUUUUGACGGGAAUGCUGUCAACUGUCUUGAACGGGAAUGCACAGAGUACGCAUACGCAUGGCAGAGCUAGAAAAGAUGAGCAUUUGAGGUUUAAAAGUAUAUAAAUUUUAACUUUUUUUAGAAAAUGACCGAUUGUUUCACUAGGUAAGACCCUCAUUCCUUGGCUGGGAUCUUUUAGAGUCCUUUGAAGCUGCUUCGAAACUGCAUUUUGGAAGUUCAAACUCGCGGGCAACUCAAAGUCCACUAUAUGGAGAAAUCCUAAAACAAUUUCUUUACGACUGAAGAAAGAAAGACAUGAACAUCUUCGAUGACAACGGGGUGAGUACAUUAUCCGUAAAUGUUUGCCCUGGAAGUGAACUACUCCUUUAAAAUCUGAGUGGAAAGACAUUCUUUUUUUUUUAUGAAGGGAUUUUUAUCCUCUAAACAGACCCAAAAAGAAAGAAAAAACAGGACCCUAGCUUCAACAUGAUAAAUGACAAACAAGUCUUGAUUUCUAGCAUCUUCAUAUCACAUUUGACACAGGCAGAAACUGCCCUAAUUUCUGUACAAACCAGCAGUUAAAUAGUUAAUUUUAGUCACACUUUCAAAUGACAAUGAUUUUGUUUAAAUAUUCAAGCAAAGUGUACAUAUAUAUAUUCUAUUUUUCUAUGGUUCUGUUCUUAUAUCAACAUGCUGCAAUAUUUUUUGGUUCCAUUUUUUUUAAAAAAAGAAAAAAGACCGUAUCAUCAGUGUUUCCCAAUUGGCGUGUCAAACUUAAAACAAGUUGACAAUUUUAUUUUCUUCCAUUUGUUUUUCUAUUAAAAUAAUAUCCCAACACCCCA